AUGCUGCCUGGAAUGAAGUUGGGAAGGGAUGUUGUUACCGGGUUUGAUCGGUUUCUGACAGCAUGGAAAAGUAGUGUGGAUCCUUCUCCGGGUAGCUAUACAUAUCAAAUGGAUCCUCAUGGAUACCCACAGCCAUUUGUUUUUAAAGACUCUUCUAUUGAACUGUUCCGAGAUGGUCCGUGGAAUAGUUACUGGUUCUCUUGGACCCCGUUGUUACCACAUGACACCAGGGCUGAGUUCUUCUUGAAUGACAAAGAGAUGUACUUUACCUAUGAAACGGGUGAUGUCCCUACUAGGAGGACUUUGGAUAUAAAUGGCAACAUUUUGCGUCUUAAUUGGAAUAAUGUUACUAAUACUUGGGAAACAUAUCAUACAAAACCAAAUGAUAAGUGUGACCAUUAUGCAGUCUGUGGCUAA